AUGACAAUUCAUGAGCAAAUUGCCCGACUAGAGCAAACCAUACUUAGACUUCAUCAACAUAUUGAAGAGAUAGAAAAAGAGUUUAAUAAAUUGUCUGCUUCAGAUCUUCCCAAGAGGAUGGAGGCUAAAGAACGAGAGUUAAACCAUCUCCAAAGUAAACUUUUAGUUUGCCAGCAAGAAAAAGAGGCCAUUCAACAAGCAUUAGAUGAAAAAGUAAAAGAGUUAGAAAACUCUAACUUAACUAAGGAAGAAAAGGCCGAGCAAAUUAUUAAGUUGACGGAAAAUAAUCGGAAUGAAUUGAAUUCAGUUAGCCAGAAAUUAGAGAAGUAUCCGGCGCAAGAAGAUAAAGAAACGGUCCAGGAAAUUAACCUGGAAAAAAUUAAUCAAGAACGGGAACAAACCGGAGAAACUGAACUUUUGGAGGGAGGAGAAUUAGAUUUAACGACCUUUAAAAACCUGGAAGAAAUUGAAAUUUAUCGCAAGUUCUUAAAAACUCCGAUUACUAAAUUAAGCGUGGAAGGACUGACUAAACUAAAAGUCCUCAUUUGA